UGGACAUCCGUUUACAGGGGCACCUAUUCACAUUGCUGAAGAGCUCGUCCGUUUCUUUUCCGGUUUGUCAAAAUGGGUAUCGACAUCAACCACAAACAUGAUAGGAAGGUUCGGCGUAUCGAACCUAAAUCCCAAGAUGUCUACUUACGACUUCUCGUCAAACUUUACCGCUUCCUGGCUAGGCGUACAAGUUCAAAGUUUAACAAGAUUAUUCUUAGAAGACUUUUUAUGAGCAAGAUUCAUCGUCCCCCAAUAUCUCUUGCACGUGUUGUCAGGUUUAUGAAGAAACCUGGACGAGAAAAUGCUAUUGCAGUAAUUGUGGGCACGGUAACAGAUGAUGCUAGGAUUUUUGAAGUCCCAAAACUUACAGUGUGUGCUUUACGCGUUACCGAAAAAGCAAGGGCCCGUAUAUUAAAAGCUGGAGGUGAACUGAUCACUUUUGAUCAGCUAGCGUUACGUGCUCCUACUGGAAGAAGGACAGUUUUAAUGCAGGGUCGUCGUAAUGCCCGUGAAGCCGUGAAACACUUUGGACCAGCUCCUGGUGUACCUCAUUCGCACACGAAACCAUUAGUACGUUCUAAGGGUCGAAAGUUUGAAAGAGCAAGAGGCCGUAGGCGAAGCUGUGGAUAUAAGAAAUAAAUUUUGUUUAUUUGCCAUCAUUUAUUGUACCAUAUCCUUAAAUUGACUUGCAUAAUUUAGACAUUUUCUCUACGGCUACGUUCUUUUAUAUAGCAAGUUGAGGUAGUUGGAAAAUAAAUGUUGGCUUCACAUCUUAACAAA